AUGAACUGUGUUAACAGAGGCUACGGUAGGAUUCACCGUGAUGUUUCACAUUUGGCGCGGGGGCAAGAAUUUCGCCAUGAUAGCCUCAAGAAUGUGACGAUCUAUAGUUUCUACUCUGCUAAGAGCAUGAUUGAGUUAACCUGUUGUAUGCUGAAGCACACGGCUUCACUUGAGUGCCUGACGCUGGACACCACCUAUGGUUACUCUAGGUGUUCCUCAUGCAGAAGCGGCAGGUGCUUCCCCAUGGACACGCGUGAUGUCCUACAAGCCAAGAAAGCGCUCGUGGCUAUAAGAAGAUACAUCAAGCCCGAAGUACCCUGUAAUGUCAACUUGAUUGUUGUGGAGCCUUGCAGUUCCUGUCAUGUGAGCGAUAACUGA